GUCUGCUUACUGUUGUCAAACUGAACUGAACGACUGACGUGAGCUGCUGCUGGAGCUGGAGCUGGAGCUCACUGGAGCCUAGCUGGAGCUGAAAAGGAGAAUGAACUUCAGCUGAUUGUUGAUUACGGGCCCCAUCACAACCAUGCCCGCAGCUCAGAACACCGAGCGUGUAGUGCGCAAACACCCAAGACCACACACCACUCUGAGGGAACCAAGUGAAAUCAGUUGCUGCCUCAAAUAUGUCAUAUUUGGGUCCAACGUCUUGUUCUGGAUUUUGGGUCUCUGUAUCAUGGUAAUUGGUAUUUGGGCUUGGAGUGAAAAGGAUACAUUCAACAAUCUGAGCCGUCUCACCAAUAUUGCACUGGAUCCAGCAUUUGUUUUGAUACUUGUUGGUACUCUCACCUUCGUUAUUGGAUUCACAGGUUGUGUUGGGGCUCUGAGGGAAAAUACCUGUUUAUUAUUGGGGUAUGCCAUCAUUUUAGCCCUGCUUCUGUUGGCCGAAAUGACUGUUGGUACUCUAGGAUUUGUCUUUAAGGAUUGGAUCAAAGCCCAGGCAACUGGGGGAUUUCAGGCAUUCAUUGUACAUUACAGAGAAGAUCCCGAUCAACAGAAUCUCAUUGACUGGAUUCAAGAAGACUGGCUUCAAUGCUGUGGCAUUGAGGGACCCAAAGAUUGGGACCGCAACAAUUAUUUCAAUUGCUCCUCACGGGAAGUAGGCAGCAGGGAAGCUUGUGGAGUCCCUUUCUCUUGCUGUCGAAGAAGACCAAAUGAAAUAAUUAAAAAUAAGCAAUGUGGCUAUGAUGUACGGAAGCCUGGCUAUUUUUCCCAGGGAUCACAUCAUAUACAGUCAACAUUUGAUUGGCAAAUUUUUGAGAGAGGUUGUUUACGGGCAGGUGAAGAAUGGAUGGAAGCAAAUUUAUUUAGGGUGGUGAUUUCAGGAUUGACUGUUGGAAUAUUUCAGGUCUUGGGAAUUUGCUUUGCUCAACAUCUCCGUAGUGACAUAUGGGCUCAAAAAGCAAAAUGGCAUUGACAAUUGCAGGCCUCCACUGCAGUAUAGCAGAUGGGGCCGACAAUUGUUUUCCAUGUGUGAUAUGACUCAGGUCAGAGCACUCAGUAAUCCUCAACCUCCUACUGAAGUAGGGCUUAGGACUGGUGCAAAACACCUCACAAACAUUGGUGCUACUGUAAUUUGGUAUAAUUUUGCCUGUACUUAAAAGUUUAAUCAAGCGGCAUUUUGUUGAGGUAUAGCCUCUCUAUUUUAUAGCAUUGAAUUUGACUUUGGUUUGUGAUAACAUAUUAACUAUUGAAGUUGUUUAUUGUCUUCCCUGUGUGUUGUAAAAUGAGAAAAUCUCACAUUUCAAGUAGUAGUUGCUUGGUUUAUAGACUAUUUUUUUCUCCUUACUAAUGUAGUAACGAAGCAACUCAUUCUUUUUUUAUUGAUUUCCUAAAUUGUGAAUUUUGUUAGCAUUCCAUACCUGUUUUUAACUGCACAGGUAAAAAUGUCUUGUGAGAGUACAACAAAAUUGUAUAUAAAAAAAUUAGUUGCUUUGUUUUAUGUUUAUUACAGAGUAUGAAUUAGAUGCCAGUUUGAUAAAAUGUGUGUACAGUAUUACAGGACAUUCUUCAUCCAUGAAGGCAUUGUUUGGCUUUAGAUUCUUUUAGUGUUCAAUGAAAGAAAUACUUAUUGAUUGAUGAGAUGUAAGAUACAUUCUAAGUGCGUGAGCACUGGCUUGGAACUUAUCCUUUACUAAACCGCUGUGAUAAUAUGAAGCAUUUGUGAAAAAGAACUUGCUAAUGGGCAGGGGAAAUAAUUUUAUUAAGCACAAGUAUUAAUCAUAGAGGUACGUACAUUAAUUUCAAUAUCAGUAUAAAAAGAGUUUUAUUUAAUGUAUUGUCUUUACUGUUACGGUAGUGAAACAGCUACUGUAGAAUUCACUAUUCGUGAAUUAGCUGACUCAAUUUUAGCAUUAAGGAGACUUUUAGAUUUAUGUAAGUUUUAAGAGUUUGCACUGCAGGUGUCCCACAAACCUGCCUCUCCAGCUCUCCUAUUUUCUCAGAAAUGCUUUUUUACUGUUUUUUUUGUUUAAGGGAAUACCCUGACCAGAGAUGAUUUUAUAUAGUAGCCCUUAUUGAUUUAAAAGUUUGAUUUCUCUUUUUAUUUGUACACCUGUGAUGAGAUUUAUUUAAACCAUGCCUAUUGUUAAAUAACUAAUAUUAUUUUGUUGUAAUUAACAAUAUGGAAAAAAAUAUUAUAUUAAUUGCAGAAUAA